AUGCCAAGCUUGCCUCGCCUACUUGAGAAUGAUUGUUUAUUUAGCAGGCAAUUCAAUCCUGAGAAUCCAUUAACACAUCUGCCUUUUGGAUCUAGAUUGAUCACAUUUGCAGCCAAAGAAAAGCUUAAACUUCUAUUAAGUAAACAACGGUACUCGGAAGCCUUUCAACUUUUGCGUGGACUACUUAAAAUUCGAUUUUAUAAACCCAAGGCCUUUUGGAAAGUUUGUGCAGAAAUUGUUCAGCAUUUGGCUCCAUAUGACUUGGCAGGAUUUCUUUAUGCAGCAUUCAUAUCAUCUUCAGCAUCAAAUGGAAUGGUUAUACUUGAAACAUGGAUAAACUGUCUUUUGAAUUCAGAUAGAACGCAAGAGGCACUUGAAGAAUUAGAUAGACUUAUUGACAUCCAACCUUACAACACAAAUGUUGAGUUGUGGAGGAUAUAUGCCAUGUUGAAAUUCACAGAGUGGAAGGAAAAAGCUGACGCUAUAAAAUUUCAGUCCGAAACAAACUCUGGAGAUGAAAACGAAGACGAAGACGAAGACGAGGAAGAGGAUGAUGAGGACAUCGAAGAUAGAAAAAAACGUUUGAAUUACCCUGCUGCUACUCGCCUCUUAAGCAUCGUAAGCAAGGCCUCGGAAAUGGUACCGGGAGAUACACAGCUAAGAGGUGCUCAAUUGGAGGCAAACUUUAAAAACAAGACAAACUUAAUGAGGAGAAUCUACAGAUACGCUAUAAGUAGAAGAGAUCCAGGCCAGAUGAGUCUUUUACUUUAUUAUUGGCCUGAAACAGAAAUUGGAUCAUCAGAAUGGAAAAGAGUAGCCGUUUCAGUGUGUAAUUGGGAUCCAAUUGCAAAUGUAAACGUUGCCCUUCGACCACUUAUCGAGAAUCUCAAGAAGUGUCUACCAGGAAAACAUGUUCAUGUGGAUAGCAGUCAUAAAAAUCAGUUUUUGGUGCACAAGUAUCCGAGAACCUUGCAAAACUCAUCUGAUAAAAAUCAGUAUAAAAGUGCUGUUAGAAGGGCAUGCUUUGCUGAAGUGUCAGCAUGGAUCAUGUCAUUUCACUUGUUACUGGAUAGAUUGGCGCAUGGUUCAACCGACAAGUGGACACUUCACUAUACACUCAAGAUAGUCGAAUUUUACAUCAUUAUGCAGAAACUCCCUCGUUACUCUGAACGGAAAUAUAUCACAGAAUUUCUGCUGGAAGACAUCUGUAAUCGUGAUAUGGAAACGCCUCUUGUACGCCUCAUUGAUAUUUGUAAAGAUGAACCGCAUGAAAUAGGGAAUCCGAAAAUUGCGAAAAUUGCGAAAAUUCUAGAAUAUUGUGCUAUGUUCAGAUGGCAUUAUAAAGCUCUUCGAAACCCGGAACCUGAAGAAUAUGUACCCACAGAAACAUCAGACCCCUUUUUAUCUCCUAUAAUCAACGAAAUUGAGGGUGAAGUAUGGGAGGAAAUGCAGGACGAUACACCAGAAAAGGAUAAGGCGCGCAGGCGCUACGAAAGCAGUGGUGGGCGUACCGAAGAAGAUAUCAUAGUCGAACUUCAAGAUUUGUUUAGGAAAAAAAUUAUGAAAAAGAAAACCGAACUGUACACAGAAAUUUGUCUUAGCUCUGAGGACGAAUAUGAAGAAGAUUCUGGUGAACUCUCAAACGAAGAGGAAUUGGAUGAUACUUCCCCACUCGUAAAUAACACACUAGAUAUUCCCUUGGAAGAUCCUACAGAUAAAGACUCUUCAGAGUCAGAUACUGGAGAAAGUAGAUCUCUUGUACCCUCGAAACGAAAAAAAUCUUACGGCGAAGGAUCUGAAAACAAUAUUAAAAGUGAACCACAAUCCGAUGAAUACCAUGACGAUGACGAUGAUAAUAAUGGUGGCAGUGACAGUGACAGUGACAGUGACGUUUACAUUGACAGUGAUUAUGGAAAAAACAAAGCUACACCACCUUUUGUUAAAAGAAAUCUGAGACCUCGCACUGCAGUAUGA